UGUAAUUGAUAACCUGGCUGUACUACGUAAUGACAAUGAUGACAAACAAUCUCAAGGCAAGGGGAUUAUGAACCCAGGAAGAAAUGCGGAUGGGUUUGGUUCACAGCAAUCAAUCUUCCAAAGUGAUACAGCAGAAGAUUUAAGGAGAGGAAAUGCUAUGAUGAACUUGUGUUUGACUUGCCUGAAAGAUGGAAGAGCAGCGUCCACUGAGAAAUCUGUGGCUCUGCCUGGCUUUCCAGACUCCCUCAGUAUCGAGGGGUUCACUUUAGAUUUCAAUCAGUUUGCAACCUCAUUACCCAGUUUACAUCAACAGUCAACUGGAGAGCGACAAGAAAUACUGAACAAAACGAUCAGUCACCAAAACAAUACCAAGCACUCUGAUUUUAGUGAGAAAGGAGGACUAGUUCACAGUCAGACAUUUCUUUCUUCAUCCUUCAAUAACACUUUGAACCAUAGCGAAAGCAUAUUGAAUAAUCCUCAAAUCAAGUCUUUUCUCUCAGAUACAGAAACAGUUGCUCAUGUCACUCGGUCUCUUGCUGAGAUGUCAUCAACAAGAAAAGACACAGAGAAACAACCGAGGCUCAUUUAUCCCGCUGAAACUUUUGUCACUGAGAGACCAAUCUCAACAACCACAGCACUUUAUCGCUCUACAAAGUCACUUUAUACUGUAAGGAAACCAGUAGAAAAUGGAAAACAAGCGAUGUUUGGAGAAAAGGUGAAUGUCGGGGACCCACAGUCAGAAGUGAUGUAUUUCAGUGAGACUAAGAAAAAUGCUCCCCACAGUGUCUCAGCAAACAUCCAAAAUGAUUUUAUUCCAAACCAACCUUCUGGUCGACCAGUAAGCAAUUCACCCGUCACCGCUGAAGCUCCCAACAGCAGUCAGAAAAGUGUUCUUAAUGAAGGUAGUGAUCACAACAAGGCAUCACAUCCAACUGCAACAUUGAGUUUGACUGAAGCUUAUGGUGCAAAAACACCCUUAAGCUUUAGUAGGUCAACCACUUCAGCAGUCAAAAAUCUUGAGACUAAGCUUCUGAUGGGAAGAACUGACUCUUUGAUCUCUGUAUUGAGGAGCAACACACUAGCUAAACCAAGCUCCCGCGCUAAAGGACCCACAUUGACUUUGUUUGCAGAGGAUUCUGCCAUCCAGUUUGCAUCUCUAACCACAAAGACACACUUGGCAAAUAAGCAAGAUUCUCAUACAUUUAACACUGUACAUGGCAUUGUUAAACAGUCUUUUGUUGGUGCCCCAGAACCAGCAAAUAAAGAACCACAAACUCCAACCUGUACAACAAGAAAAGUCGUGCCUGGGAUGUUGUUUCUCACAGGAUCAAGACAGGACUUUGUAUCAUCAAGCAAGUCAUUUUCUAAGAAAGUUACAACAAGCAGAUUUUCAGAGGCUCAAUCAACAAUCGUUGAGGACGGGACUCUUGAUGUUAAUAAUGAUAAGAUUGUGGCACCAACACAGCGAUCUUUUGGAAAAUACAGUGGCCAUUUAUUCAAAGAGUCACUAGUAGCCAAUAAUCUGAAGCUGGGAGACAGAAAUGAGCAGGUGUUUAUAACAAUUGCAGAAAAUGAGGAUAAAGACUUGCUCAAGAUGGAGGGCAAACAGGGUGAAGCAGUUCCAGACAGAAAAGAGAUACUUAACUUGCAGGAGAAAGAUGAGAGCAGAGAGGAUGAAACUGAGGAAAAAGGAAAAGAAUUAUUUAGAUUACAUAGGACAGAAAGCACAAAACAAGAUAAAAUAAUUAAUAUUGGGGCAGCGAUAAAUCAAAACACAGACAGGGAGGCAAAAGAAAUGGAAGAGCAUGACUUCAAAACAAGUCAUGAGGAAGGCGGAAAGGAGGACGUAAGUCUGAUAAAAGACAAAGAUCGGAGAGUAGAGGAAGUAAGUGAUGAAGAAGGUGUUGAAAGAAAAAUCGGGAUUGAAAUAAAUACGGAGAGUUCUACUAAAGAAGCUGCAAAGCAGAGAGAGUCUUUGACGACAGAAGAAACUGAUGCUGGAAGCAAGCAAACAUCGAGCAAGGAAGGCAUAAAAUGUAACGGGGAAAUAGUGAAGGUGAACAUGACAAAUGUUCCCCUUGGACCUACAACUGCUUUAAAAGAACUUAACAGAGACAAAGAGCACACUGUUAAAAAUCUGUCUUCCUGCGACACUUUUAUUAAACAGUUGGAAUCCACUGAGCAGACGGGCAUUCAUCUGGGUGAAAAUACUGCCCAAAUUGCGGAAAAUACAAAUAAGUCAUCUUCCGACAAAGUGACAAGCAAUCACAGACCACUGGGUUCAACUCUGAGCCCAAAACUAUCAAAAACGGCGUCUCUUCCUGAAGAGCCAAACACAGAAAUUAAGCCACAUCUGUCUACACUCGAGGCUCCGCUUCCAAAGCAUGGAAAUACAUCAUCGCUUACUAAAGGAAGCUCUCGGAACAAAGUUGUUGGAGCUACAGUUUCUGUGACCGCCAGAUCAAAACUCUUGCACACAUUUGGAGUUAGCAGUUCAAACUUUAAGGAUAUGUUAAAGCCAAAAAUUUCCCUACACAGUGGUGCAGCUAAAUCGACUCACCCUGCUCUAAACAGCAUCAGUAGCAUGUUGUCACACACCACGGCUCGACCGGCAGUCCCAGCUGGGUUCACUAGAACUCAGCCACACUUUAAAGUAAAUAGUUCUACUCUCAAUAUAUCAAUUAUUUACAGCAUCCCAGAUCACAGGCAUAAAUUUAGUGCCUUAGAUUUGAAGGCCAAUUCGGGUUUACAUACCACGACUGAGAGCGAGCAAGCAGAAUUCAUUACACCAUCACUGAAUCUUGCUACGCGCCAGCGGAUGUAUAAUGACUCAUCUAGCGAGCCACCCACAGCCACAGCUUUGUCAUCUGAGACCCACAUCUCCAUAGGCCAGUUGCCACCUCAUGAAGGGCAGUCUGCCCCUCAGAUAACUCAGCCUUCCUCCUCUUUUGACAUGACUGCAGGCCAGCCAUGCUCAUUUAAACUGUCAGAGCAGACAGCCCGUCCAGAUGCUUUGCAUGCUCCUGUUGACGAUAACGAGCACAGAUCUGUACAGACCCUAAUGGCAUCAAUGAGCCCUAAAGCAGAAAACGAUCAAUUUCCUCUCAGCAGCAUGUCACCACUGAUAAAUCUCAGGCUGUUCGGAGGUGACAGCUUACCUGGCACCUAUAGCCUGACAGGCUUAACUAGAUCAGCAUCAGUACAAAAAACACUGAGGGAAUAUGUAAAUAGUGGAAGUGACCAUGCUGAGUCCUUGUUAGGGACUGCUGAUGAGGCAAAUCAAUCUAGAGAUAAUGACAGCAUGCGAAUGAUGGUGACCUCAAAAGUAACAGAUAUAGUCAUGAAGCAAAUCACAGAGGAGAGAGAUGAAAAGAACAGCUCCACUUUCAUAUCGCAAACAAUCACACGCCAAGCUAAUUACACUGAUGAACUCAACUCUUUGUCUAUACUGCAGACUGAGAAGCUAGCAGUAAGAAACAAUAAUGAGAAUGACCAGACUACCCUGAUCAAUAUAGAUCGCUAUGAUGAAGAAAACAAUACAGCGACAACGACACUCAAGAAUAAUCACCUGUCCCAGUUAGAAAGCACUGUGUCUAUCAUGAGUGCAGCUCAUGCACCGAACGGGACCGAGCAGGCUAUAAAUGAGGAUUUUGUGCAUGUUAUGAAUGAAUUUGCAAUACCUGUGCUUGACACAAAUGAUCCAGCUGGCACCCCUACAUUUGUUGAGUCAGACAGUCUGCCUGAAACGACUAAAAUACAGGCUAAUAAUGUGGCUACCAAGGCUGUUUUUGAUAUGACACAUCAUGCAGCAAAAACAGCUGAAAAACAAAAUGAUCCCUCCUCACCACGAAGCACCAUAAGCAAGGACACCCUCCCUGUUCCACACAGUGAUUUCACAAGUGACCCGACAGUCCUCAGUAAAACCACACAGCAGAUUUCUGAGCAGAUAAUGAAAGUUAUUUCUCACUUUCAGAUAAUCACCACUAAAACCAAUGACUUUGUGUCUCUGGCAGCAACUGCUAGCAUAGGUGGUCUCGCUGUGCCCACGGAAGAUCAUGAAUCACUGCUUACCACCAGUGAGAGUGUGUCUGUCGUCUCCGAAAAGUCAUCUCAGGCUACACAUGCAGACCAUAUGGGGCAGUCCAAUAAUCAUAUUGAGCCUCUGCCACUGAGCAUACCUCCCAUAACUCCCACUUCUGGCAAACUCAUCCCUGCUGUGAACAGAAAAAACACAAAAGAAACGCAGAGCAUAGAGCAGCCUGACCAUGACAUUUCUGUACAGGCUAUUGAACAAAGCCAGCAUGCCCUGCCCGUUAUGACUGCAAUAACACGUCCUAUUAAUGACCCAGAGCCAGGCGUCCAAGCAGGUUUGUUAAAAACUACCCACAGAGUUGGAGAGGCACGUAUCAUAACAUCUACCACGGUCAAAAGAGAGAAAUUUUCAUUAUUAGAAGACAUAAAAACCACAACAAAGAGUGCUUUUGAGGUCAAGCAUCUUUUUCGUGAGAACAUUUCUGCAGCACAUACGAUGGACAGAAAAGAGCAACAUAAGGAGCAUUUAUUGCCUGAAAAGACUUCAAUAAGUCUAGUGAAGUUUGGAGCUGUGACUGAUUCUUUAACACCUUUGAAAAUCUCACCUACAAAGGUUAUUAAUACAACCAGCUGUAGGACAAUCGGCUGUGCUAAGUCAGUCGACAUUACUGGAACAACAGUUGGAGCAGGUGAGACUGAUCAUACUGAGAAAAUGUAUAAAACACAGGCUGGAAACAAAGGAAAUCAUUUCAGUAUAGAGAACACUCCUGAUGCAAACCCAGACAAUGACAACUGUAGCUCUGACUGUCCUCUACCUGGAAAGGUUACACCAGAGGCCACCGACCUCAAAUACGCUGUGCUUUCACCAGUCACCACUAAAUCUGAUCAUGGCCAUGCCAGCGCUGAGGAGACGACAUCAAAUAAGGCCAGGAGUGUUACAGAUAAAACUGUUAUUUUGGAGAGGCCCCAGACACCUGAGCAGGCUCCGUUUGUGAAGAAAACAACACAAAGACACUUUCACAAAGGGGCCUCUGAAGCCCAGGAGGUUACUGCAACAGGGGUCACUUUAUCUGAACCUGAAGCAACUACUGUGCAGACCACAAUAAAGACAGCUGAGCAGAUGCUGGUCACUGAAAAAAACACAGAAACACAAUUAAACAGAGGAACAGGUGACACUGAGAUAUUUGAAGCACAAAAUGCCACCAGGUCAGUGCAUGCUGCGGCUCAUGGAGAAAUGGCAGUUCAAGAGUCUGAGCAGAGGCUGUUAUUACCAGAGUCUGAAUUUGAAGUACCAGGGAUGAAGCACGAGAGGAGGACCUCACCUCAUCUGUAUCUCUCUGGUGUAACAGAAGUUUCAGAUGACCUGUGUGGCAGCGGGAACUACACAGCAGAAAUGAGUCUGAACCUGGAUGGAGGUGUGGAGCCAGGUGACACUGUGCCAGCCCUGGGGAACCUCAGAGUAGUCAUCAACCUGAAGACAAACAACAGUCAGAUCAACCUUCAGGUCACCUCCUGUUGUCUGUCCCCGACUACCCAGCCUGACCUCACCAACUCCACCUGCUGCCUAUUCUCCAGGUUAGCAGCAGAUCCAGCGGGGAUCACGCUGCUGCCCAGUGCCCUGUCAACCAGUGCCAGCUUCACCAUCAGUCUCUUCCAAAUGAUUAAUUACUCAGUAGUGUACCUACACUGUGAUCUCAGUGUCUGCCUGAGGAACCACUCCGACUGUGAAAGGCAAUGCCUCCAGCAGAGGAGUACAUUUCCCUUAGAGGGUCCACGGACUAUUGUCACCAAUCUCAGAAAUCGCAUAUCCUUUGGUCCCGUGCUGAAACAAGUGAAGAAUUCUACCUUCCCGGAGGAGAUAGACCCAUCAGAGCUGGACCUGGCUCUGGUCAUUGUCAGCAUGGUGGUUGGCUCCUCUUUUGUCACGGUGAUGCUGCUGCUGGUGUGGCUGGCCUACCGUCGCCGGGCAAUCUGGCUGCUCCACUCGACAGCUCCAACACCGGCCUGCUGCAGCUGUCUACACCCAGGAGGUGACUUGAUCCUACCGUGACCAAGGAGGAACCUCUGCCAAUUACGCUGAUCAAGACCCCUCCAAAACAGCCGCAGACAAUUACGUUAGUCAACCGACAGUGGAGCAGUCAAUCAUAUUAGCCGUAAAGCGGAGGCGGUCAGUCGCAUCAGGCCAGACUGGACAAUGAGGAGCAAUCCAAUUCACACCUCCUCUUAUAGGUGACACAGCUGUUGCAGUCAAAUUUCACACUUAACCAUCAGCAGUCUAUUAUCAGUCACUGAAAAUAAAUAGCAUCCCCAAAUAGAAAAGCUGCUCUGAUCCCUUCAUUUUCCCUUAGUGGCAAGAAAUCAAUACACUCUGUAUCUCACUUGGAGAUUGAUAGCUUGUUAAUGAAGGUUUAAAAUAAUAUAUACAUUCAUGGCUUGACACAUAUUGAGCCUCUGUAAUAGACUAUUGAGGAAAUUGUCAUGUCAUUUAUUAUUGCAAAAGAACAUGUAACAGCCCUGCACUGUUGUUUUAUGUACAAAUAUACUGGAAUAUGAUAUGGAACACAAUAUAAAAUUGUUAAUGUACCCUUUAAUAAUGGAACAAAUACUUACAUUGCAGUUCCUCCACAUAGAAAGGUCUGAUCUGCUUCUCAAAUGGAAUUCUUGAUCAUUAUUGACUCCGACUUUAAUCUAUGCUCUGAAUCUCUGACCUGAAUAAGUAAUAAUCACAAUGAAAUAACAUAUGAUAGCAAAAAGCUGUCUUAUCAGCAGAAUUGUUUCUCACAUUAUAUCCCAUCAUACAUUUUUAAGUGUAUCAGAGAAAUAACAUUAUUUACUUACAUCACAAGGAUUAUUUUUUCUUCCCUCACCAGGCAUGUAGGUGAAGAAUGCUAACAAACUUCUUAGAAAGGUUGAAGACAGAAGAUCUUCGGGUUUUAGUGUAAGAAAUUUCAACUGGAAGUGUUUUCAAUUCAGAAAAAUAUAGGAUACUGAAAGCAAGAGUUGGACUUCAAACACUGUAAAACGAGUGCAUAAAAAUAUAACCUGUGGUCAAGUGGCUUGAAAAACUCCCUCCCGCCACACUCUCCUGACAUCAGAGUGAAGGGGUUGCGUCCACCAAUUUCUAUGACUUUUUGAAAUGAAGAAUUUCAACAUUUACACCCAUUUCAUGCAGUGAGUGUGCAGCUGUGGAGAGGUAUGAAUGCUAAUUGUGUUUUAAGCUCUCUUUUUCAUUCAUUGCACAGCCAUUUCUGUCACAUUUUCUGUUUGCAGUCUGUUUACAACCAAGUGUAACUCUCUGAAUGUCUUAGCAGGCAGACUGUCAGAAAAUGUGCAUCUUUAUCCUGCAUCUCUAUGACCGCCGGCUUAUCUCCCCACGUUUGUGUGGACACACUGAACAACUCACUUUAGCCUUCCUGUUUCUAGAAAACUAGUCCUCACAUAACCCAACAGUAAGUGUCAAACUGGGUGUCAUACCAGGAGACUAUGAUCAACAGAAGUAACAAUGAACUGUAAAAAACGGAAAUUAAUCCAGUAAGCGAACCAGUCCACAAAAGCAAAUAUUCCAAUACUUACAGAUGUAUGUACUUGUACUUGCAACACAUGCUCCUCUGUGCCAGCAGGAGUUGCUAUUAGCGGUGUUAGAACUGCCUUUCAUAUUUUAUCUCAUCUCCAUACAAAUCAAUAAAUCUGCUUUAAAACUAAAUCCAAACUUCAGGCAAACUUUAUCCAAAAAAGUACGUUCAUCUGGGCAAAUCAAAACAGAUGCUGCCGUAUUUUAAAUUAGGUCUACAUGUCAACGUUUUCUAAAUUAGAUGACACACAGUGCAGAGAAGAAUAUAUUAUCAUAUUAAAAAUAUUCCCUUUCAAAAGCAAAUCCUAGACUCUGCUCCAGUUGCUAAAAUUCACUAUAUUACUGUUCUUUCUCACGUAGCACCCAUGUUUGUAAUUCAGCUUAAAUACCGGUGGUAAAAUAUUUGCAAAAGAUAAGGAUUUGAUUUUUUAAAAAAGGGUUCAGUGCCUUUGAGAGCUACACGGGAGCCACUAAAUGUUCUAGUCUGAGACACACUGCUUACAUUUGCCACAGUACAUAGAUGGCCGGUUCUUUUCAGUCCCCUGCACCAU